AAGAAAGGGCGUCGUUUUCAAAGCUCGUUAACGGCUGUUGUCUUGGUGCUGAGUUCCUCUACCAGCAAACAGUAAAACACCAGCACGACUCAUACACUUUAACGGGAAACUUAUCGUUACAAGUGAACUGUAACUGUGAACUCACCCUGUUCAGGUUUUAUGCUACCUCUUUGACCUGAAACUGAAAAUAACAUGGAUAACCUGGAAUUCUCAGAAGAGGAAAUUCAAGAGCAGUUGGCGGUGCUGGGCUACAGAAACAUACCAAGACAUAGGCUGUGUAAAUUCAAGCAAGAUCUCGAUGAACUGGUUCAACGUGGAGAAUGGAAAGGCCUGACCUCAUCUGCUCAGAUAAAUACCAAGUCACAGACACAUGAGCCGAGUCCUCCUGCCUACACAAAAGAGAAAGUUGGUCAGUGCUACUUUGAAAGCUCUGGUGAAGGAUUUUUCUUACACGCCGGGAACACAGACCAUGACAGACAGGUGCUCACCACCUGUCAGAAUAGAGACCAUGGACGGCAGCAGAGGAGCUGUGACUCGUAUGCUCAACACUCGGUGGCUCUGAAGCUCCGGCUGCCUGCAGGUGCUCCUAGCAGCCUGCAGGUGGAGCCAGAUCCUGACGACUCCCUCCAACCACCACUCAGUGACAGCUACACAUCCACUCCAGAGUCCCACAGGGGACGCUUCAUCAAGAGGAAAGUCCUGAGGAAACAUAAAGGACAGUCACUAGUUUGCGAUGAAUCAGUCUACAGUGAAGACUCAGACGCAGCGAGUUAUCUAGAGGAGCGACUGGCAGAACUGAAUUUAUCCUCGUCGGCUCAGCAGGACUUUGAAACGGAGAAUGAAGACGUCACCAGUCAGAGUGAAGACCACAGCUCUGAGACGGACGGCGUCUCUUUGAGCGCCUUUGACUCCUACAUGAGAGGCUUGACUCGAACUCAAAGUGACGGUGACCUCAGGCCCAAACCCAAAUCCUUCAUCCGACCAGUAAUGAGUCAGCAAACCAUAAAGAAGACGGAUCCAGUGACCAAAUAUUUUCAGUAUAAGCAACUCUGGGAAAUGUUUAAGCUUCCAGGAGAACAGGACAGGAGAGCUCUCCGCCUCGAGAUAAAGGAACGACUUGCAUACCAACCUCCACCACCUAAACCUCGGCGCGUCUACGCUCCGAACACCUACAUCGUGCCAACAGAGAAGAAGCGAUCGGCGCUGCGUUGGGAGAUCAGGAACGAUCUGGCCAAUGGGCUUCUUCCACACAAAUUCACCUAUCGAUUUUAAGCCUUUUUACUCUCUACAUGCCUUUUUAAAGACACUUAAUACAACAAUGCAUUGUUUUUUAUGAUUGGCAUUAUUUAUUGAUUUUUUUUUAACACAAUAAACAAAGAAAACAUUUCA